GAGUACAGGCGGCUCUGGUUUCCUUUCCCCCCUGUCAUCCCGAGUGACCCGCACGCCCGGAGAGGGAGCCGAACCGUGCCUGUCGAGGGGCAUUCCUGUGCGGGUGGUCGGCAUGGCGCUCUCGGUGCCGGUCAACGGCAUGAAGGAGGUGGGCGGCGGCAAGGAGCCCCUCAUAGAACUCUUCGUCAAGGCUGGCAGCGAUGGCGAAAGCAUAGGCAAUUGCCCCUUCUCUCAGAGGCUCUUCAUGAUACUGUGGCUCAAAGGAGUGGUAUUUAGCGUCACAACAGUUGACUUGAAAAGGAAGCCUGCAGAUCUUCAGAACUUGGCUCCAGGGACACACCCGCCUUUCAUCACCUUUAAUAACGAAGUGAAAACUGACGUGAACAAGAUUGAAGAGUUCCUUGAAGACGUUCUCUGCCCACCCAAGUAUGUAAAGCUUUCAGCAAAACAUCCAGAAUCAAAUACUGCUGGAAUGGACAUCUUUGCUAAAUUUUCAGCUUUUAUCAAGAAUUCCAGACCUGAAGCCAAUGAAGCCUUGGAGCGGGGUCUUUUGAAAACUCUGCAGAAGCUGGAUGAGUACUUAAUUAGUCCCCUCCCUGAAGAGAUUGACGAGAACAGCAUGGAAGACAUCCCUGCCUCUACGCGCAAAUUUCUGGAUGGGAAUGAGAUGACACUAGCGGACUGCAACUUGUUACCCAAGCUGCAUAUUGUCAAAAUUGUGGCCAAAAAGUAUCGCAACUUUGAUAUUCCCAAGUCUAUGACGGGCAUCUGGAGAUACCUGAAGAACGCCUAUAGCCGUGAUGAAUUCACCAACACUUGUCCUGGAGAGAAAGAGAUUGAAAUCGCCUACAGCGACGUAGCUAAAAGACUCGCUUAAAAAAAAGCAGCGUUGCACGUGUAUAAGCAAAAGCUUUUGUUUAACAAGACUGCUCUUUUUUUUUGUCUUUUAAGAUAGCCAUUUACUUUGCAUGUAUCUUGCAGUUAAUUCAAGUGCUACACUGGGCAGACCAGGUAUUGUCAUUUGUCUUUCUCUCUUUUGUGAAAUGCAAAUUUUAUAUUACACGGCUUAUUUGUUUUGCCUCCUGUAAAAGAGCAGAUGCCGCCAUUAAGAGGGAAGUCAUUGUGAAUCUCCCCUUCUCUCCCCUUCCCAAACUUGAGUGGUCCAGGGUUUUCUUUCCUAGUAAGCAGGUUCUGAAUCCAGGAUAAUCCCAAAGCCGGUUCAUAUUGACAGAAGAACCUAGAAAUGAUCAACUUUUGUCGUGGCAUUUCCCCAACAGAGGUGUAUAUAUAAUUGAAUACCAUUUCCAUGUUAAACCACACACAUAGGCACAUUCUCUUCAUGGGGAAAACUGGUCCUGUCUGCCCUUUCCUAAAGUAGUAUUUCAUGUGGAAGGAGUUACAACUCCUUACCCAUAGCUAUGGUGAACCUGUCUAGAAAAGGCUUGAUGUCUUUAUAGUACUACCUUUAUAAACCGUCCUUUGGAUCUCAGAUUGAACCUGGGCUUCUUAAAUUGGCUUAAGGGGAUGAGCUUCUUGAUGGUGGCCGAAACAACCGUCUUACUGCAUUUGGAAGGGAAGCUUAAUUUUCUUUUUUUUUUUUUUAAGUUAUACCUCUCGGUCUGCCCGCACCAAAAGCUCUGCCAAAGUUGCUUGCAGAACUCAUGGGCAAGUUUUGGGAAGUCCAUUUAUCCAUCAGUUCGACAUCAUUUUGGAACAAGGUCAAACACCAGGACUGAUGCCUACUCUCAGAUUAGUUAUGGUGAGGAGGAAGAAGGUGAACGGGAAAUGUAUAUUCACCAUAUUUAUUCUCACACAAGUCCACUGUUUUGUUUUGAUUUUGGAUCAGUUGUUUCUCAAACUUGGCAACUUUUAAGUUGCGUGGAGUUCAACUCAUAGCAUUCUGGGAGUUGAAGUCCACCUAUUUUAAAAGUCGCCAAGUUUGAGAAACCCUGCUCUGGAUAGUCAGCUUAGAAUCUGGUGGUCUUUUUUUAGAAGCUUGCUAUCCCUAUAAAUAAUGAGACAAAUUCCUAAGCUAUAAUAGCAAGUGAUUUCUUUUUAGGUCAGUAAGGGACUUGUCAGAAUGCAGAAUUUCUUAAGUAAACAGUCAAAGCUUUGCUGGCUAGAGGUACAUUGGGGUGUCAUAGGAUGAUUGAUCAGAAAAUUCAAGAUGGAGGCCACAAGCCUGUGAUUCAAACCACAGUGCAUUCUGAUGCAAAUGAACAAUUGAUUGUGUGAUCGUCAUGUCCAUCUUGACUUCCUUGAGCAUCAUCCCUGCUGGCCUUCGCAAAAAUACAGUAACUUAAUGACUGAGGUGCAUCCUUUUUGCUUUUUGCUAAGGUCAAGAUCUUACUAAAUUCUACUGUUUUAUUUUUAAUUUUCAGACAAGUGUUCUUUAAAAAUCAGUUUAUUUGCCUUAACAAGACAACCUGCGUGGUUCCCUCACUGUAAUUCUUCCUGUGAAGCAAGCCAAGUGCCUUUUCCGCUGUUUUAUUAAGGUUUUAUAUUGGGAUUUAACUGUCUCCUACCUCUGUACUUUCCCCCCCCCCCCAUAAGUGUUAUUAAGUUUCACUAUAAGAUAAAAAAAAUAGGAAAAUCAAAAGUUAGAAAAAUAAGAGAAAGGGAAGAGAGUAGCUCCUUAACUCUUUAUCUGAUCGAUUAUUUUUCAUGCUGCAAUCACGAUAUAUUAAAAGGUCAGUUGUGUUUCCCCCCCACUUAUAACAGCAUCAAGGAACAGUGCUGUAAUUCAAUUUCAAAAGUUCAAAAGCCCAAUAAAUUUGAUUUUCUUCCAUUUAAAAGGCCAAUGCUUGAGGCACGGAAUGACUUUUCCAUUUGCUUUAAAUGCGAUGAAUAACAAGCUUCAAAACAGACUUGAUUAUGUGGGAUUUGUUUUUUGUUUUUUUUUAAAUUAGUAAUUUUUACAUUAAUGGGUAAUCCUUUUACCUUGAAAUGCAAAUCAUUUUAUUGUUUGCAAGGGAAUAUCUUGCAUUUUUAAGCUUUUGCUGACCAGUUUGCAGAGCACACGUCUCACUGAAUUUAUUAUGCUUUACCUUUGUGUUUCCUCAAAGAUAAAUCAUAGGAAAUAUAGAAAAGCAUUUUAAAUUAAUUUGUGUAAUUUGGGGGCACAUAGAAGAGAAACGGAGCAAUUCUUGCGUAAGGUACUUGACAAUAAGAGAUUUUUUCAAAUAUCCACCCCCCCCCACAUCAAAUCUUAUCAUAUCACCAAGCAUUUUUAUAUUUUUAUAAAAAGUUUUAAUCACAAAUAGCUUUAUAUACAUUAUAUGUUUUCUAUAUGGCCGUGUCUCCUGACACGUCCUAAAAUGUUCAGUGUUGCCAAAACCUGAUUGGGGCUAAAAAGCUCCCAAAAUCCCACCCCCCAAAUAUUUAUACAACGUGGCAGAAAUCCUAAAG